AUGACAGCACCAGUUAUAACUCCUGAUGAAAUACAAAUUGUGACAACAUUAGAAAUUAAUGACGACUUAUUGAGAAAAAAGUCAAAUCACCAUGAAAAUGAAACUUUAACUGGUAACAAUGUCCAAGCAUUAGCUAAAAAGGAUAUCAGUUUGUUUAUUAAUAAAGAUUGCAUACCAACUGGUGAAAUUUAUGCUGCAUUAAUCGAUCCAUGGAAACCAUCUAUUCAAUACAAAUUUCCUCAAGUUAACAAGAAUCAAAAGAUGCGAUCAGUUUGUCAACAUUCUUGGUUAACAACAUACCCGUGGCUUAGUUAUUCUAGUAUUCUUCAAGGUGUUUUAUGCCGCUAUUGCAUUUUGUUCCAAAGAAAAUCAUCACCAAAUGAUCCAGCUAAAAAUGCUCUUGGACAACUCGUUGUUAAACCGCUAACUUCAUUAAAUAAAGCUAAUGAAUAUUUUCGAUCUCACGAAAAAACUGAUUAUCAUUUGUUUUCUAAAGAACAAGCUGAAUUAUUUAUUAACAAUUAUACGGAUACAAGUAAAUCUAUUGAUCAUAUAUUAGAUAGUGAAUAUCAACAACAAGAAGCGUCAAACAGAAAAAUUUUAUCAAGUAUUAUUAAGUGUAUUCUUUUUAUUGGCAAGCAAAAUUUAGCGUUCAGAGGUCAUGAUGAUGACGGUAUUGAUCAUAAAUCCACUGGUUUAGGAAAUUUUAAAGAAUUAAUUCUUUUCCGUGUAGAAAGUGGUGAUACGAUAUUAGAUGAUCAUUUGAAAACGUGCUCCAAAAAUGCAAUGUACAUGAGCCCCAAAAUUCAAAAUGAAUUAAUUAGCAUUUGCGCUGAUAUCAUUAGAGCACAAAUUGUUAGCAAUAUCAUUGAAAAAAAGUCUUUUUUUUCUGUUUUAGUCGAUGCAACCUCUGAUGUCGCUGGAGUUGAACAAAUGUCGUUAUCAAUUCGUUAUUUAUGUAAUGAUGAUGAUCGAAUAGUUAUCACAGAAGAUUUUAUUGGCUUCAUUCCAAUUACUGAUAGUUCAGCAAAAGGUCAAUCUGAACUUAUAAUUUCUUUUUUACAAUCAGCUGGUCUUGAUUUAGCUUACUUAAGAGGUCAAGGAUAUGAUGGUUGUGCCGUCAUGUCUGGCCACAUUGGUGGCGUUCAAAAGCUUAUUCUCGAUAUUGCUCCAAAGGCACUUUAUGUUCAUUGUGCUAGUCAUUCAUUAGAUUUGGCCAUAUGUGAUGCAUGUGAUGAUCGGAAUAUACAAUUAUUAUUUGGUACUGUUAAAACUGUUAUAAAAUUUAUUAGUGCAUCACCAAAAAGGCAAAGCCUUUUAAAAAAUGCAGUAAAAGCUACACAGAGUGACACGAAACGAAAGAAAUUAGCCAAAUUAGUUGAACAUCGAUGGGUUGAAAAACAUACUUCAAUAUUAGUUUUUAAACAAUUAUUUUCAAGUGUGGUUGUGUUCUUGGAAUAUAUGGUGGAAACAGCUGAUUUAGAAACCAGUGCAAAUUCUCGUGCAUAUUUAAAAUCUAUAAGAGAUUUAGAUUUUGUUAUAUGUUUAUUUGUUGUUUCACGCGUAUUUGGAAUAUUAAAGCCUUAUACAGAAAUGCUCCAAAGCAAAACCUGUGAUUUAAUUCAAUGUUAUGAUAAUAUUCAAGAAGUAGCUCUUCAUCUUGCUGAUUUAAAGUACAAUGACGACAAAAUCAAUGAACUUGUUAAUGAUUUGAAGAGUUUUUCAGAGGAUAAUGACAUUAAGUUGGAAAUUUCAAGAACAAACAAGUAUAGAACCGUUAUUGAUUAUUUAAAAUGUAUUUAUGGAAAUUUUAUUGAUACAACACUACGACUAUUAGAACAGAGAUUUAGCAAACAUCAGCAAAUUGCUGUUAAUAUUGUUAAUUUGUUGCCAUCAACCGUUGUUGAUAAAAAAUUAAAUGACGUCAUAGAUGUAUUUAAAUUUUAUCGCAGUGAUUUACGAUCAAAUAAUAUUGAUGUUGUUAUUGGUGAGUUUGAAAUGUGGCAACAGAAAUGGAAAAAGAUUCCAGAACGUGAACGACCAGCGAAUAUCAUCAACACUUUAACAGCAUUAGUUCCAGUUAAAGAAUUUUAUCCUAACUUAAAUUGCUUAUUUCAAAUAUUUGCAAUAUUACCGGUCACAGUCGCCACAGCUGAAAGAUCAUUCUCAACAAUGAAGAGAAUAAAAACCACACUGCGAAAUAGCAUUAGUGAUAAACGCUUAAGUGAUCUUGCUGUGAUUCAUAUUCACCGUGAUAAAUCAACCAAUUUGAAUGUAGAAAAUAUUAUCAACAUAUUUUGCAAAGACAAGCGGCGAAUCAAAUUCACUGAUUGA